UUUGUAAAAGAGUUUCAAGAAAUGAAAAUGCGGUAACAGCUUUGACAACAAAACCAAACCAACCUUAGAUGCUUCCUUCUCCUCUUCUUCUUCCUCCUUUUCCCUGUUUCUUUAAGCAAUUUUCCUCUAUUUAUCAAUUCAUCCUUCCAUUUCUAAACCUAAUUUGCAAGAUUCAUCCAAUCGCAACAACUACUUCCUCUAAUGACAUUUCACCCAUCUCUUUUCCCCAUUUAAGUAAACAAUACCCUGUGGGCUUUCUCUCAUUGCCCAGAAAACAACUCCCUGUCUUCCUCGAUUUGAAGGGUUAUUGAAGAUACCCACCAUUAAAGAGAUGAGGAAUUCCAGUUGGGGUUUUCUUUUGAUGUUUCUUUCUGCUUUCUUGUUGGAUCUUGAUGCUUUUGAGCUUCGUAAAGGUCAAAAAACCGAGAGGAUUUCAGGUAGUGCUGGGGAUGUACUAGAAGAUGAUCCGGUUGGAAGGUUGAAGGUAUUUGUUUAUGAGCUGCCGAGCAAAUACAACAAGAAAAUUUUGCAGAAAGACCCACGAUGUCUCAACCACAUGUUUGCUGCUGAAAUUUAUAUGCACAGGUUCCUCUUAUCGAGUCCUGUACGAACUCUAAAUCCGGAGGAGGCGGAUUGGUUUUACACCCCGGUUUACACCACUUGUGACCUAACACCAAAUGGGCUCCCUUUACCGUUCAAAUCACCACGUAUGAUGAGAAGCGCGAUUCAACUCAUCUCUUCCAAUUGGCCUUAUUGGAAUAGGACUGAAGGGGCUGAUCAUUUCUUCAUUGUACCACAUGAUUUUGGUGCUUGUUUUCAUUAUCAAGAAGAAAAAGCUAUUGAAAGAGGGAUUCUUCCUCUUCUCCAACGCGCUACUUUAGUUCAAACAUUUGGGCAAAGAAAUCAUGUUUGCUUAAAGGAUGGGUCGAUCACGGUGCCUCCAUACGCCCCUCCCCAAAAGAUGCAAUCUCACUUGAUUCCGCCAAGUAUUCCUCGAUCCAUCUUUGUCUACUUCAGAGGCUUGUUUUAUGAUGUAGGAAAUGAUCCCGAAGGUGGUUAUUAUGCAAGAGGAGCAAGAGCAGCAGUGUGGGAAAACUUCAAAGACAACCCUCUCUUUGACAUCUCAACCGAACAUCCAACAACGUACUACGAAGAUAUGCAGAGAGCCGUGUUCUGCUUAUGCCCGCUCGGGUGGGCCCCAUGGAGUCCAAGAUUGGUUGAAGCCGUGAUAUUCGGUUGCAUCCCAGUUAUCAUAGCAGAUGACAUCGUGCUGCCUUUUGCUGACGCGAUUCCAUGGGAAGACAUCGGAGUGUAUGUAGAUGAAAAAGAUGUUCCGAAUUUGGACACCAUCCUGACAUCCAUUCCAACGGAAGUCAUAUUGCGAAAACAGAGAUUGCUCGCCAAUCCAUCAAUGAAGCAGGCUAUGUUAUUCCCACAUCCCGCUCAACCAGGUGACGCUUUCCAUCAAAUCUUGAACGGUCUUGCCCGUAAACUGCCUCAUGAUAAGAGUGUUUAUUUGAGGAAAGGAGAGAAGGUCUUAAACUGGACCGCGGGUCCUCUAGCUGAUCUGAAGCCUUGGUAGGGUUCUAAAAUGGUUUCCGAUUUUGGGGGGAUUUUUUGUUGGUUUAUAGAUGUUGAAGGGAAUUGAUGGUUAUUUGAAUCUUUAUGGACUUUGCACCCUUGUUCUUAUAUCUUGAUUGGCAUAAUAUUUAGCAUGAAUCAAAGAUUAAACAGCAAGCGUGCAGAUUUCUGUGUUGCUGUUGAUGUAUGAAUCAACAGGUUCUUAUGAUUAUGGGUAUUGAAAGGAUGAUCAUCUUAGCAGGCA